CAGGUCUCGCGUGGGAGGCAAUUCUUUCGCUGCUGAGUGCCCGCGCUUUUCCGGGGCCAGUCCCUCCCAAUGAGGAAGCGACAGUUUUUAGGGCAGGAGGAUUCUGGAGCUGCUAGGCACGCCAGAUCGUCCAUGGCCCCUUCCCUCUUGUAACCCAGCACAUCUUCAGAGUUGUCUGCAUUUAUCCAAGACAGCGGAAAAUGAACAAGUCCCAGAUUGAACAGAAAUUCCAGGGAUCAGUGUCAUUUAAGGAUGUGACUGUGGGCUUCACCCAGGAAGAGUGGCAGCACCUGGAUUCAGCUCAGAGGUCUCUGUAUAGAGACGUGAUGCUGGAGAACUACAGUAACCUUGUCUCACUGGGGUAUUGUGUUACCAAACCAGAAGUGAUCUUCAGGCUAGAGCGAGGAGAGGAGCCAUGGAUACUGGAGGAAGAAUUCCCAAGCCAGAGCUUCCCAGAAAUCUGGAAAACUGAUCACAAGAAAGAAAGAAGCCACAAAAACCAGCCUAAACAUGUGUGGGAAGUUGCAUUCAUCAAUAAUAAAACACUAACUAAAGAACAAGGUAAUGUAGUAGAAAAACCACUUAACUUGGACACAAAGUCUUUUCCUUCCAGAAGAACUCUCUGUCAAUGGAACUCAUGUGGAGUGAAUUUCAGCUGUAUUUCAGAAUUGUUUAUCGAUAAGAAAAACUAUUUAGGAAAAAAGACUGAUGAAUUUAAUGCUUGUGGAAAAUUGCUACUCAGUAUUAAACAUGAGAAAACUCAUACUAGAGAGAAAAGUGAAUUUUUUAAAAAUGGGAAAACGUUGAGUCAUGAUGAGGACCCUAUUCAUCCUGAGAAGAUUCAAAUGUUAGAGCAAAAUUUUGAUUAUAAUAUUUAUCAAGAAACCUUCCUUGAAAAGGCAAUAUUUAGUACAUACAAGAGAGAGAUUGCAGAAGGUAAUGAUUGUGAAUGUAAUGAAUAUGGGAGAACCUUCUUUGAUAACGCCUUCUUAUUCCAUCGGAUAAAUUCCUCAGAGGAAAAUCACUGUGGAUUUAGUGGUUGUGGAAAAUCCUUAUGUGUAAAGUCUACCCUUUUGAAACAUCAUGGGGCACAAAUGAAACACUAUGAGUGUAAUCAAAGUGGGAAUAAUUUCAGGAGGAAUUUAUGCCUUUCACAACUUCAGAAACCUCAUAAAGGAGAAAAACACUUUGAAUGUAAUGAAUGUGGGAAAGCGUUUUGGGAGAAAUCCCACCUCACCCGACAUCAGAGGAUACACACGGGAGAGAAACGCUUUCAGUGUAAUGAAUGUGGAAAAACUUUUUGGGAGAAGUCAAACCUCACUAAACAUCAGAGGUCACACACAGGAGAGAAACCCUAUGUGUGCAGUGAAUGUGGGAAAGCCUUCAGCCACAAGUCAGCCCUCACGUUACACCAGAGAACACAUACAGGUGAGAAACCCUAUCAGUGUAAUGCAUGUGGGAAAACUUUUUAUCAGAAGUCAGACCUCACUAAACACCAGAGAACACACACAGGGCUGAAACCCUAUGAGUGCUAUGAAUGUGGGAAAUCCUUCUGUAUGAAUUCACACCUUACAGUGCAUCAGAGAACUCAUACAGGUGAAAAACCCUUUGAAUGUCCUGACUGUGGGAAAUCUUUCUGUCAGAAGUCACAUCUUACGCAACAUCAGAGAACUCACAUAGGGGAUAAACCCUACGAAUGUAAUGCAUGUGGGAAAACAUUCUACCACAAGUCAGUUCUCACCCGGCAUCAGAUAAUUCAUACAGGGUUGAAACCUUAUGAAUGUUUUGAAUGUGGGAAAACCUUCUGCUUGAAGUCUGAUCUCACAGUACAUCAGAGAACUCACACAGGGGAGAAGCCUUUUGCAUGUCCUGAAUGUGGGAAAUUCUUCAGCCAUAAGUCUACUCUCUCUCAACAUUAUAGGACACAUACAGGGGAGAAACCCUUUGAAUGUCACGAGUGUGGGAAAAUCUUCUAUAAUAAAUCAUACCUAACUAAACAUAAUAGAACACACACAGGGGAGAAACCCUAUGAAUGUAACGAAUGUGGGAAAACCUUCUGUCAGAAGUCUCAGCUCACGCAGCACCAGAGAAUUCACAUAGGUGAGAAACCUUAUGAGUGUAAUGAAUGUGGAAAGGCUUUCUGUCAUAAGUCUGCCUUAAUUGUCCACCAGAGAACUCAUACAGAAGAAAAGCCCUAUAAAUGUAAUGAAUGUGGGAAAUCUUUUUGUGUGAAGUCAGGACUUAUUUUACAUCACAGAAAACACACAGGGGAGAAACCCUAUGAAUGUAAUGAAUGUGGGAAAUCCUUCAGUCACAAAUCAUCCCUCACAGUACAUCACAGGGCUCACACAGGAGAGAAAUCUUGUCAGUGUAAUGAAUGUGGGAAAAUUUUUUACCGCAAGUCAGACCUUGCUAAACAUCAGAGAUCACACACAGGGGAGAAGCCCUAUGAAUGUAACACAUGUGGAAAAACCUUCUCUCAGAAGUCAAACCUCAUUGGACAUUCUAGAACACACACAGGAGAAAAACCUUAUGAAUGUCAUGAAUGUGGAAAAACCUUCAACCAGAAGUCAGCCCACACAAGACAUCAGAGAACACACACAGGGGAAAAAUCUUGUGAAUGUCCUGAAUGUGGGAAAACUUUCUACAAGAAUUCAGACCUCAUUAAACACCAGAGAAUUCACACAGGGGAGAAACCUUUUGAAUGUCAGGAAUGUGGGAAAUCCUUCAGUGAAAAGUCUACUCUUACUCAACAUCGGAGAACACACACAGGGGAGAAACCAUAUGAAUGUCAUGAAUGUGGGAAAGCCUUCUCAUUUAAGUCUGUCCUUACUGUACAUCAAAAAACACACACGGGGGAGAAGCCCUAUGAGUGUUAUGAAUGUAGGAAGGCCUUUCUCAGAAAAUCAGACCUCAUUAAACAUCAAAGAACUCACACAGGGGAAAAACCUUACGAAUGUAAUGAAUGUGGAAAAUCCUUCUCUGAGAAGUCAACUCUCACCAAGCAUCUAAGAACUCACACAGGUGAGAAACCCUAUGAAUGUAUUGAAUGUGGAAAAUUUUUUUGCUACUACUCGGGUUUCACAGAACAUCAGAGAAGACACACAGGGGAGAAACCUUUUGGGUGUACUGAAUGUGGGAAAAAUUUCCGUCAGAAGUCAGCCCUAAUUGUCCACCAGAGGACUCACAUAAGACAGAAACCUUAUGAAUGUAAUGAAUGUGGAAAAUCAUUCUGUGUAAAGUCAAAACUCAUUGCACAUCAUAGAACACAUACGGGGGAAAAACCCUAUCAAUGCAAUGUUUGUAGAAAAUCAUUCUAUGUGAAGUCUAAACUUACUGUACAUCAACGAACACAUUUGGGGAGAAACCCUAUAAGUGUAAUAAAUGAGGGAAGUCACUCUGGGUGAAGUUAAGAGUUUAUAGAAAAAACACAAAAGUGGAGAAAAAUCCAUUGAUACAAUCAUUUUUGAGAACAUCUUUGGUUUAAAGUCAGUUCUCACAAUAUAGCAGAGAACUUACAGAGGGGAGAAUGAUAUGAAGCUAUAGAAUAUAGAAAAUGAUAUGAAUGAUAUGAAGCUAUAGAAUAUAGAAAACUUUUGUGUUGGAAUUUGAACCGUAGAGUAUAUCAGAAAACUCAGUGGAGAAGACCUAUUGGUGAAUGAAUAUAGGGAACCUUUUGCCCAAAGCCACACCUCACUAAACAUCAAAGAAAACAUGUAAGUUAGAAACCUCUAUCAGCAUUCAUAAGGUAGAGAAGAUUCUACUCCACAGGCUUUAGAAAAUGCACAAAUUGUAGGACACUUUAGGGAAGCAUUUUCUAUGAGGUGAUAUUUUAUUAGGCUUCUGUGAUAUUCUUGAUGUAGCAUCUGGUGGAUGUUGGAAGUUACUAGAGAAAACGUAUUAACUAUGUGGAAGCUUUAAGUUAAAAUCUACACUUAUACAUCAGAUUUUGAAUUGAAGUGUUUCUAGCAAUUUAGGAAAUGAGAACAUUUUCAUUUAGAAAUAGCAUUUUAUUUUUGUUAAGAUACACUUUGACCCAUUGCCGGUUCUGUUCCCCUGUUUAAGGUAUUAGAUGUGACACUGGGUGUGGUGCAUAACAGUGAAUUCUGGUACACUGAAAAGAAAUUAAAAAAACAAAAAACAAAGGUAUUAGAUAUGAAAACACACCCCACUGGGACCAGCAGUUGUAAGCACAUAAGAGGUUUACUGCUCAGGCAUAUGCAGGAUAAGAGAAGAUUUUAGCAAGAGGAUUCAUCAAAAGGACCUUCUGAUGUCCAGGUAAAAGAGAGAGAUUCUGGAUCUCGUGACACACGUAGGAGGAGCUUGCUAGCAGGAUGUUUUAGUAAUUCUGGGGCAGACUGAUUUUGAGUGGCUCAUUCUGGAAGAGUGAAUCAAAGGGGAAAGAUGAGUUGCUAUGCAGGCAGCUUAGUGACUGUAGAAGUGCGUGUGGAGCAUAGGUGGUUUCUGCCCUGGCAGGUGUCAUCCUGUUGUGAGUGACUUACGGUACCCAACUGUAUUUCUUCCUGUACUUAACACUUUUCAUAUGUGAUGUAACAGUUUCAACAAAGUGAAACAUUUAUAUGUGAAAGUACAUUCUUAAAUAUAGAGCUUUAAAAAAGCACAAGUAGAUAAUACUCUUGGGUAGGUUAUAGUAGCUUGUAGCAUUUCAGUGUACUAACUGAGAACAACUAGAAAAAUUUCACAAAAAGCAUCUAUUUGAAUGCAGCCUAUUGCUGCAGAAGCAGAGGACUAGUGGUAAAAUUCAGGAGAGGAAUGAAUCGUGGAGAGCACAUGGGCAAAAUGCAGCUGUUUCACCUGGGAGCACUUGCCAGUUCUGGCCACACGGAGGAACCUGAGUACUGAGCGUGGCUCAGGUAAAGGCUGAAACUCUUUGUAGGAGGAUGAAGACCAGAAGCCAGUGGUACUUUUGGCAGUCAAGGCUGGAGUGAAAAAUUCUUAAACAUUAGAAAUGAGACACAUAACCAGUUUUCCAAGAAAUUUUUAGAAGACUGACUCAGCACAGGGCAGGAGCCUGAAAAGAUGCUGAAUGUAGAUUUUUUUUUUUUUCAGUACUGAGAAAAUAUGAUUAGAAUUUGGGAAUUGCCUGUAGGAUGGGCCCUUUCUGAGCAUAGCAUGUGGUUAGUAAAAGCAAGGUUAUACCAAAGGUAGAUUGUACCUUAUUGCAAACUGCAAAUGAUACCUGGUAUUAAAAAAAAAAAAAAGUAAAACCUGCCCAGAAAGGAAACUCUCAGAACAGAUGGCCUCGCUGCAGUUGUUCCAAAUAUUUAAGAAGGAGAGAAUACCAAGCUUUUAUGAACUUUUCCAGAGAAAGGAAGAUGGAACUUUACUAAUUCAUUUUGAGAGACGAGUACAACCUUGAUACCAAAACCUGUAAUAGACAUUUCAGGAAAGUAAAGUUACCAAUAUUUUAUGAAUUAAAGUGCAUAAUCUGAAAUUUUUAAAAAAUUCAGUCAUAUCCAUGGACCAAGUAAUGUUUAUUAGAGGAGUCAAGGAUUUCAUAUUUAAAAUGAAAUCAGUUUGGCCAGUUCUUCCUCUCACAUUCUCCUUUCUCCCUUGUGAUUUCUGUAUUUCUUUCCUGCCUUCCUUUCCUAGAAUGGAAGUCAGAACAGGCAUGCCAUGAGGGAUGAGAAAGGUAUUGUGGUGAGGUAUCCACUAGCAUCAGAGCAUUGAGGGCACCUGGAAAAGAUGAUCAGCAUGGCUGAAAUAUUUAACAUUGAGCAAAUAAGAAAAUGUGUUGAGGAUGAUGGGAGACAGAUUGGAAAAGGCUUUCAUAAAAAUGGAGAAGGGGAAAGUUGGAAAACAGCAGAGUGUUGGAUUGGAAUGUAACUCAUAGAAAUCGUGUAUGUGUAUGUAUGUUUUAUGUCUCUGUCUGCUGAGAUGACCUAUGCACAGUGAUACCCCAGAAGCAGCACACGAAGUGCCAGGCUACUCAUUUCUAAAUGCUGUCCUCCACCCAAAAAGGAACCAGGUCUCUGGAGUGAUGGCUGAUUCAAGGUCAGAGAUAGGAAGAAAUAGAGGAACUUGAAUCAUCUUAGCUACCAGACAGAAAAUGUUCAAAGAAUCUUGGAAACAAAAGAACCAUCUUGGACAGAUUCCACUGGCCAAAUUUGAGACAGUUGAAACAUCAAAAUAAUGAUAGAAUCAGAACACAAGAGACUUAAUAAAAUGGAAUUCAUUAAUUUAUAGUGAUGUAAAUAAAUGAGUAAAUUCAUGGACCAGAAGGGAAAACUUUCUUUACAUAAAAAUGCCAGUUAAUAGAAGGAGAAUGAUGAAAUAGGAAAAUACCAUUCCUCAGCCAUUGGAGUGGUGGUUGAUUAAGGAGGUAGUUGCCAACAUAGGAUAGGGUUUGUGGGUAGAGGUUUGAUGAAGAAUAGGGUAUGGGCAUAAUGUUCAAAUAUCUCUCCAAAGUACUAAUCAGCUGCAAAGGUAAAUGUGGUGAUUUUAUGAUUAAACCCAGCAGACACCAACAUGAUUAGGUGAUCAAAGUUCACCUCACCAGUGGAGUAGGACAGGUCAACAUGAUGUAUUCCUUGAUGGGAUGCACUGAGAAGAGCCAGCAUCAUCUGUGUGGUAUUUUUGCCAAGAAAGUGUGACCUGUGUUUGCUCAGGAAGAGAUAUCAGGUGAACGCAUUUGAAAGGUUAUUUUACUGAAUGCAAAGCUUCUAGUCUUUAAAAAUGUGAGUGACGUGAAAACCUCUCCGGAUGGAGGAGACUGAGCUAUUUUAUUUAUUCAUUUUAGAGAGUGAGUGAGCAGGUAAGUAAGGGAAGGGGCAGA